AUGGUUUCCGAAAACUUUCCUUCUCCAAACGCUAUUCCUCCGCGAACCUCCUCCACCGGUCAAAACAACAUCAAUCAUACAGUCUCGAAAUCCGUUCUGCGUCCUGUUUCUGAAGGGGAUUGGAUAAGUCGGAGAAAUAGUAUGCAUACAUCACAAUCUUCUGGGACCAUGAAUCCUUCUAUCCAUGGAGGUUCUGCUCCAGAUUCAAAUAAAUACACCAAAAAUGACAUGGCAUUUCAUGGAAAGAGUUCUUGGACUCCAGAAAAGGAGAAGAUAUUGUUCGGACCAUACGAUUAUUUGGAGGCACAUCCGGGAAAGGAUAUUAGGAAACAAUUGAUUGCGGCGUUCAAUGAAUGGUUGGAGGUACCACCGGAGAGUUUGGAGGUCAUUACCAAAGUGGUGGGAAUGUUGCACACAGCAUCAUUGCUCGUGGAUGACGUCGAAGAUUCGUCAUUACUGCGACGCGGGUUACCUGUCGCACAUAGCAUCUUUGGCACAGCACAAACGAUUAAUUCUGCGAAUUAUGUAUACUUCUGCGCAUUACAAGAGCUCAUGAAGCUCAACAAUCCACAAGCUAUCACGAUUUACACGGAAGAGUUGUUGAACCUUCAUAGGGGUCAGGGUAUGGACUUAUUUUGGAGAGAUAGUUUGACUUGUCCCACCGAAGACGAUUAUUUGGAAAUGGUUGGCAAUAAAACUGGAGGUCUUUUCAGACUGGCUGUUAAGCUCAUGCAAGCAGAGAGUAAAACCUCAAGGGAUUGUGUACCAUUAGUUAACCUCAUCGGAAUAAUAUUCCAAAUUCGGGAUGACUAUCAGAAUCUUUCCUCGCCGGAAUACUCGCAAAAUAAAGGACUAUGUGAGGAUUUGACAGAAGGGAAAUUUUCGUUCCCAAUUAUCCAUAGUAUUCGCGCUGCGCCGGACAAUCUCGUUCUUCUCAACAUUCUCAAACAAAAGCCGGAUGAUGAACAGGUGAAGAAGUAUGCAGUAGCAUACAUGGAACAAACCGGUAGUUUCGAAUAUUGUCGAAAGGUCCUAAACACAUUGGGGGAGAGAGUCAAGAAAUUAAUCGAAGAGCUAGACGAUGGAGAAAAUAGGGGGAAAGGCGUUUUGAAGAUUCUGGAUAAGAUGGCUAUCUAA